AUGUCCAAGAUACCGAUGAUGAUGAUGAUGAUGAUGAUGUUGUUGUUAAGAGAAGCAGAGGAAGAAGAGGAUGAUGAUAAUGAUGAGGAUAUUGAUGUUGAUAAGGAGGAUGUAAAGAAGGAGGAAGGAAAAUACGAUGAGGAGAUUGAGAGAAAUGAGCAACAUUGUGAAGAGGAUGACGGUUAUGAUGAGGAUACUGCUGCUUCUGAUGAUUAUGAUAAUUAG